AUGGCAUUAGUGGAGGUUUGGGAGAAUAUCCUGAAUUCCCUGAUGAAGAGUUUUGAAAUUGGGGAGAUCAGUGAUUUCAAUUACUCUUCUUUUACUAUAGCCUUGGUGGAUCCUGAUCGAUGCUCAAAAUUGUAUGGUCAAUGUAAGAAACGCUGUUCUAAACAUGUAAAGCAAAUUGAAAUAUGUUUGUCACCAAGUAAAAUAUGCUGCAUUGAGAGGGUGUUUGAAGACGAUUUAUCUUGA